GGAAGGGAAACUGGGCAGGUUCUGCCUUGUUCUUACACUCUUUCAUGAGGAAAACAAAACAAAACGGAAGAACCGAGACUCACCAUGGAUAGAAAGUGCUCUCAACUUCUGCCUUCAGUAUGUACUAUUCUGGCAGAUCCAAGGCACCCCCUUUCGGAUGACACUUGUUUGGAAAAGUUGCUGGAUUGGUUUAAGAUGCUGAUUGACACUGGAUCCAGCCUGCUACUGUUAGAGGAAAACCCGUGUUUGAAAGAGCUGGUCCUGGCUGUGCUCAGACAAGAGGAGCCAAAUCCCACCAUCCUUUCCUUCAUCCUGAGGCUCACUGGGAUAUUUGCUGCCUCUGAAAGUAGUUUCCAACACCUGCAGCAGGGAGAAGUCGUAUUUGGUGCCUUUGGAGAAGCGGGGCCUCUGAGCAGUGCAUUGUGGGAAGACAUGUCCAUCCGGAGCGGCUGGGUGCAGGGCGUUUACAGCAUGCUGCAGCACUACAGCGCCUUCCAGUUCUUGUGCAACUCUGGUUCCCUAGAUGUGAUUUUCGCUCUCCAAGGGGACCCGAGCCUGUUUGUUGCUUCAGGAGCCAACCGCCUUCUUGCUCGCGUGCUCAUCUUCUCCGUUCAGUCUGAACCGUCUCGCCUCCUCAGCUCGAUGGACUGCGACUGGCCGGCUUGCACUCGAAUGAUAGUUGCUCGCGUCGAGGAGUCCCUCAAAUCCCACUCGGCCUCCCGGGCCAAGCAUUCCUUGCAGCUGCUGACGACGUUGUUUGAGCACAACCAGGACGCCUGGACUGAACUGCUGUGGUCGCGGAUCGCGGGAACGGUGGAGUCCCUGCUGACAGAGGAGCUGCUCCAAGUUGGCCACCAGCUGGUGGAUCUGUUCCUCAGCAUGGCAAGGUCUCCUGCGUUCGGCUGCCCCGAAUGCAGCCUCUGGAAGCUGGUGGCGCUUGCUCUGAAGACCUUGAGCCUCACUCAGUCAGGCCCUCUGGCCUUGGGACUCCUGAAACUUGAAGCCUGCCCACAGGCAAUCCAGGUGCAAGGUCUGGGCCUUUUGCUGCAGCCAAUGGGCUGUGUCUUGAGAGGCGCUUCUCCAUCCUUAGAAUUCCCAGGUUUGCCGCCUGGCCCGGCCACUGAAUCCGCUCCUGUGGAGUCUCUUCUGUCCUCCAGGACCUCGUGUGUCAGUUUCCUGUGCCAGACUCUGGCUCAUCUGGAGGAAGUCCAGUAUGUGGCCUCUCUGGCAGUGGAGUUUCCCCAUAAGCCUUUGCUCCAGUCCGUGGUGACUGUGCUGCAGUUCUGUGUUGGCCUCGCCAUUCCGGCCUCCUCUCUGGCAGCUAAAAUGGGCAACAUCCUGGUCGGCUGCUUCCGAGUUCAGCGGGCAGCCCUGGGCCUCCUCGGAGCUCUGUCUCGGUGGGCAACUUCAGUUUCUGACGAGGUCAUGGAUCAAAUCUUUGACAUCCUCCUUGUGUAUCUGAAGAGUCCAGAUAGCAGCCCCACUGUUUUGAAGAAGGCAUUCCAAGCAACGCUGAAGUGGCUUCCAAGCACCUCGGAAGCAUCCGACUCUGCCGGUGACUUCCAGCGGCACAAACAGUUUCUCAGAGACCUGCUGCCCGUCUUGCAGAAGCGCAUGCACAGCCCCAGCUGGGAAGUGCGCGACUCUGCCCUGGAGCAUCUCACGCAAGCGAUGAAGCGCCUGAGAGGGCAGGAGUGGUUCUGGCAAGAGCUUCUCUCUUCGGAAGUGCUGCCGCUGGCAGAGGGCCUCCUGGCCGACCCAGAGAGCUACGUGCGAGCCAGUGCGGUGGAAGCCUUGGGGCAGUUUUCCUUGCUUGCUAGCGCUGACUCGAAGAAGCCCGGCUCAGAGAACAAUGGGAGCAACAAAGAGGCCAGCGUUGGGGCUCGCUUGCUGGAAAUCCUGUCCGCUGACUCCGAAGGCUUCCCCCGCAGAGCUGUGAUCCGCGUCUUCAUUGACUGGCUGCGGGACGGCCACCCGGAAGUCCUGGCUGACCCUGAGCAGUUUGUUUCCAGAGCGAUCCAAGCCGUGGACAGAGACUUGGACUGGGAAGUCAAGGUCAGCGGCUUGGAACUGGCCAAGGUUUUUGCUGCCCAAAUGUCUGGCCGGUUUGGGCUCGCCGACUGCCCGUAUGCCGCUGACUCAUCACCUGCCAGCCAGCCUGCCCGUCACCGCGAAUUGCUGGAGGCGUUUUGCCGAGUGAAGCUCUUUGAGUUCCUCUUUGGAGCCCUGUAUGACUGCGACAGGCCAGUAGCGCUGAAAGCCUGCGAGAUCCUUUUAGCCGUGAAAUCCAAGAUUUGCAAAGACAGUCGCCUGGAGGAGAGGAGCUUGGAACUGGGCGGCACAUCUCAGCAGCGGGAGGAAACACAGAGGGGAGAAUUGACCCUUCCUGUCGGAGAGUCGGCUAAAAGGAUUUCCCAGGAUCCAGAGUGCCUGAUCCUUUUCUUAGAGACGACGGACCUGGAGGGUUUGCAGAGAUCUUUAGGCAGGAGCAGCGAUCACCUGGAAAAGAGCCCCCAGUCGCUCUUGCAGGACAUCCUCUCCGCUGCAGGGAAUACGGAAGAUAAUGAAGCAGAUUGCUACUGACAGCUUUCCAAAACGGAAUUGAUCCUUGGGGAGGGCUAGACUCUGCCGACCCUCCCCCGACCCCAGGAAUUUAAAAGGCCACUUUGCAAAAAAAACAACACCUUCCUGCUCGGAUGGGCACUGCCAUGUAGGGAUUACUAUGAAACCCAUCUGGAGGAAGACAGCUGUGAUGCAGAUCUGGGUGGGGUGGGGUUUCAAAGCGGAGCUAAAACUCACAAAAGAAAAGCAAGAGGUGCCCAAGCCAGGAACAACUGACGAGAUUAUGACAAGCGCAUCAUUGUUGAUUUGUAGAUCACCAAAGUCAGGCGAGGAAGCUGUGGCCCUCCAGAUGUUGCUGGACUGCAACUCCCAUCAUCCCUCACCACUGGCCAUGCUGGCUGCAUCUUAUGGGAGUCGGGAGUUCCAGCUUUUUUGGAGGGGUACUGGCUCCCCACCCCUGGUUUAAAAUGCAAAACUCAGUCAACCCCUAUGGGAAAAGGUGGGUCCGCCUUGAAAUAAGGAAACUGCGUCGCAUUUAAAACCAGCCCCACACAAUUAAUAAAGUCUUUGGGGGCCCAUGCUGCCGAAAGCUUGCAAUUUCUAAUGAACAAAGUGUUCCACGCAGAUACUGAGAAGUUUCAGGGUGGACCUGCAAAUGGCACGACUGGGUUUUGUACUCGUGCGCAGUGAAAGUUCCUGACGUCUCCUUUCGGUGCACACAGCCGUGCAUAAGCAGUGUUAGAUUACAAAGUUCAAGUCUAGAGGCACGGUGUGGAACUUUCAGACUUAAGGCACAACUGCACAGGGGUUUCCAAGUGUCCUCUUUGGCCGAGCAGCUUCGUACCUUUAUAACUCAGUCCUCCCUUUGGAAAGCGUCACGGCCAGGUUGGUCCAAUUGAGUUUUAGGCUCGUUACUUGCUGGCUGUUGCCUUUGCAGAGCAAGGGAACAGGUUGGUGAGGAAGGAUUUGUUUUAAUACCAAUUAAAGUUUGUUUUU